AUGACAUUCCUCAAAGCUGUCGUUGCCUUCCUGCUCCAGAUCACUACCCUAGUCCAUGCUGCAGAUACGGCUGCAUGGAAAUCACGCAGCAUCUACUUUGUGCUUACAGACCGUGUAGCCCGCAGCAGUGGCGACACUGGAGGCGGCUCAUGCAGCGACCUUGGGAAGUACUGUGGCGGCACGUUCAAGGGUCUAGAGUCGAAGCUCGACUACAUUCAAAACCUAGGCUUUGAUGCCAUUUGGAUCACACCCGUGGUCGCGAAUAGCGCAGAUGGCUAUCAUGGGUACUGGGCACAAGACCUGUACGCGGUGAACUCCAACUACGGCACUGCAGACGACCUGAAGAGCCUUGUCAGCACGGCCCAUUCGAAGGGCAUCUAUAUCAUGGUUGAUGUGGUAGCGAAUCACAUGGGUUUCGCGAACAUCGCCGACAACCGCCCAGCACCACUGAAUCAGGCUUCAGCUUACCAUACCGCCUGCGACAUUGACUACUCAAACCAGACCAGUAUCGAGAACUGCCGUAUUGCCAAUUUACCGGAUAUCAACACUCAGAACUCUGAGAUUCGAAUACUCUUGAAUACCUGGGUUAGCUGGCUUGUGAAAGAGUACAGCUUUGACGGCGUCCGCAUCGACACCGUCAAGCAUGUCGAGAAAGAAUUCUGGCCUGGCUUUUCCUCCGCCAUAGGCACUUUCUCGAUCGGAGAGGUAUUCAACGGCGACCCAUCCUACCUCGCCGGGUAUGCAAAGUUAAUGCCUGGACUACUUAACUAUGCUGUCUACUAUCCAAUGAACAAUUUCUACCAGCAGAAGGGCUCAUCACAGGCGCUUGUCGACAUGAUCAAUACCGUCAGCUCUUCUUUCCCCGAUCCCGCAGCGCUCCCAAAUUUCGCAGACAAUCACGAUCUCCCGCGGUUUUUGAAUCAGAAGAAUGACCAAACCUUGUUGAAGAACGCACUGGCAUUUGUGGUCCUGUCCCGGGGCAUUCCAAUCCUGUACUACGGGACCGAGCAAGGGUACGCAGGUGGUGCUGACCCUGCCAAUCGCGAAGACUUGUGGCGCAGCAGCUUCAACACCAACACAGAUUUGUACCAAUCUAUCGCAAAGCUGACUGCUGCACGCAAGGCUGCUGGCGGUCUUGCCGGUAAUGACCACACACACUUGUACGUCGCGGAUAACGCCUACGCCUGGAGCCGUGCGGGAGGAAACCUCAUUGUCCUUACCACCAACGCUGGCAGUAGCUCCAAUGCCCAGCACUGCUUCAAUACCCAAAAGGCGAAUGGUCGUUGGACCAACGUCUACGGUGACGGUGCCACUGUCACCUCUGAUGGGAAUGGCCAAGCUUGUGUCAACGUAGCCAACGGUGAGCCUAUUGUUCUGCUGGCCUCUACAGCUUCAAUGACCACCGCUUCACCUACCACCCCGCGGGCCUCAUCCACUUUGAUCCGUAGCACGACCGGCACUGCUUGUCCGACCGCAGUAUCUGUAUCGUUCACGGAGCGCGUUGUGACUGUGCUGGGCGACACAAUCAAGAUCGCUGGCAAUACUACGCAACUCGCUAACUGGAAUGUGGCAAGCGCUCCUGCGCUCACAGCUUCGCAGUAUACUUCUAGCAACCCAGUAUGGAAUAUUACCCUGAUUAUGACCCCGGGACAGGUGGUGGCGUACAAAUUUGUGAAGAUGUCGAGCUCUGGCGCUUUGGCUUGGGAGAGCGACCCGAACAGAUCGUACACUGUGCCGGCUUGUCAGGCCAGUGCGAGUGUGAGCAAUCAAUGGCAAUGA